CUCCCUCCGCCUCCCUCCCGGCCCCCAGCGCCGCCGAGCCGGCCCGGGGGUGGGGGAACCGCGGCCGCCGGCGCCUGCUCCGUCCCCUCCCACUCGCACGGCCCCUUCCUCCCUCCUCUCCUCUCCUCUCCCGGCGGCUCGCGUUUCCUGCCACUCGGGCUCUCCGGCCCUUCAAAGUUCUGCCCAACUUUUCCCUCGCGGGCGGGCGCUGCUGGCACGGGGCAGGUUGCUGCGCUCCGGCUCGCCCUGCUGCUGCCAGCUCUCCCGGCUCUGGUCCUCGGGGAGCCGCGGACACUAAGUGGCCUCUGGCGGUCCUUCCCCAUCCUCCCCGGCCUGCUGGCUUCGCCCCGAUCCCCCCUCCCGCGGGCCGGACGCCCCGGGCUUCGGGGGCUCUCCAGGGCUCGGGCUCCGUGCGCCCUUGCGCGCACUCGGGCGCCCGGAUCGCGGCGGAACCCUCCUCCCUCCCCUUUCGCCUCCUCCGGCUCCUUCCCUCCGUCCCUCCUCCGCCGGCCCCUGGAACCCUUUCCCGGGGGAAUUGGGGCUCCGCCGCGGCCGUGGAGGGACAGCCUCUCCGCGCGGGACUCCGGGGCUCCGGCCGGGCCAUGUAAGCGCAGUUCCUUCCCUUGUAGUCUGCCAAGAGGAUUGAUGAGCCAUAGAUUCAUACAUUCAGAAGCUGAAUACCGACACUUGAACUAGGUUCACUUUUGGCCGACCCCGCAGCGUGCCACCCCGGGCAUGGACACCUUCUCCCGGGUCUGGAGGAGCACGGCUGGUAGCGCCAUCGCCGGGUCCCCGGACUGCUAAGGCCAUCCCAGGGGCGAGGGCGCCGGGCGAGGAGGGCGGCCUCCGAGGGCCAGAGCCACCAUGCCUUUCGGCCUGAAGCUCCGCCGGACGCGGCGCUACAACGUCUUGAGCAAGAACUGCUUCGUCACCCGGAUCCGCCUGCUGGACAGCAAUGUCAUCGAGUGCACGCUGUCGGUGGAGAGCACGGGGCAGGAGUGCCUGGAGGCUGUGGCCCAGAGGCUGGAGCUGCGGGAGACGCACUACUUUGGCCUCUGGUUUCUCAGCAAGAGCCAGCAAGCACGAUGGGUGGAGCUGGAGAAACCGCUGAAGAAACAUCUGGACAAGUUCGCUAACGAGCCUCUGCUUUUCUUCGGAGUCAUGUUCUACGUGCCAAAUGUGUCAUGGCUUCAGCAGGAGGCCACGAGGUAUCAGUAUUACCUGCAAGUCAAAAAGGACGUGCUGGAGGGGCGGCUGCGGUGCACGCUGGAGCAGGUGAUUCGGCUGGCCGGCUUAGCCGUGCAAGCUGAUUUUGGAGACUAUAACCAGUUUGAUUCUCAAGAUUUCCUCAGAGAAUAUGUGCUAUUUCCUAUGGAUUUGGCCCUGGAGGAGGCCGUUCUGGAGGAGCUGACACAGAAGGUGGCCCAAGAGCACAAAGGCCGCAGUGGGAUCCUGCCCGCCGAAGCUGAGCUUCUGUACAUCAACGAAGUGGAGCGCUUGGAUGGAUUCGGGCAGGAAAUCUUCCCCGUGAAGGACAAUCAUGGGAACAGUGUGCACCUGGGCAUUUUCUUCAUGGGGAUUUUCGUGAGAAACAGAAUUGGAAGACAAGCAGUGAUACACAGGUGGAACGACAUGGGGAACAUCACGCACAACAAGUCGACCAUCCUGGUGGAGCUCAUCAACAAGGAGGAGACGGUGCUCUUCCACACGGACGAUAUUGAAAACGCCAAGUACAUCUCCCGGCUGUUUGCCACACGGCACAAGUUUUACAAGCAAAACAAGAUCUGCACCGAACAAUCAAAUUCCCCACCCCCCAUCAGACGCCAGCCCACCUGGAGCCGAUCCUCUCUGCCCCGGCAGCAGCCGUACAUCUUGCCUCCCAUGCACGUCCAGUGUGGAGAGCACUACUCGGAAACACACACUUCGCAAGACAGCAUCUUCCACGGGAACGAAGACGCCUUCUACGGCAACUCGCACAACAGCCUGGACCUGAACUACCUAAACGGCACCAUCACCAACGGCAGCGUGUGCAGCGUCCACAGCAUCAACUCCCUGAACUGCUCGCAGAGCUUCCUCCAGGCGUCGCCCGUCUCCUCCAACCUCAGCAUCCCCGGGAGCGACAUCAUGCGGGCCGACUACAUCCCGAGCCACCGGCACAGCGCCAUCAUCGUGCCGUCCUACCGGCCCACCCCGGACUACGACACCGUCAUGCGCCAGAUGAAGCGGGGGGUGGUGCCCGCCGACAGCCAGAGCCAGUCCCUGAGGAACCUCAACAUCCUCAACACCCACGCCUACAACCAGCCCGAGGACCUGGUGUACAGCCAGCCCGAGAUGCGGGAGAGGCACCCCUACACCGUCCCCUACGGGCCGCAGGGGGGCUACGGCAAGCCGGUGGGCCCGUCUGACCCGUUGGCGGCGGCCGCGGCGGCCGCGGGCCCCAAGAACAGCUCGGGGCCCUGCAGCAAGCCGGGGGCCAGCGCCAUCUCCCACACGGUGAGCACCCCGGAGCUGGCCAACAUGCAGCUGCAGGGCGCGCACGGCUACCACCCGGCCCACGUGCUCCAGAACCACCUCUUCCGCCCGCCGCCCCCCUACCCGCGGCCCCGGCCCGCCACCAGCACCCCGGACCUGGCCAGCCACCGCCACCGCUACGUCAGCGGCAGCAGCCCCGACCUGGUGACCCGCAAGGUGCAGCUGUCGGUGAAGACCUUCCAGGAGGACAGCAGCCCCGUGGUGCACCAGUCCCUGCAGGAGGUGAGCGCGCCCCUCACGGCCCACGCCAAGCACCACGGCGCCGUGAACAAGCGCCACAGCCUGGAGGUGAUGAGCAGCAUGGUGCGGGGCAUGGAGGCCAUGACCCUCAAGUCCCUCAACAUCCCCAUGGCCCGCCGCAACACGCUCCGGGAGCAGGGGCCCCCCAAGGAGGCGCCGGGGGCCCACGAGGUGCCCCAGCUGCCCCAGUACCACCACAAGAAGACCUUCUCGGACGCCACGAUGCUGAUCCACAGCAGCGAGAGCGAGGAGGAGGAGGAGGAGGAGGAGGAAGAGGAGGAGCAGCGGCGGCGGCGGCGGCCGGCCGAGCCCGCGCCCCCCCGGAUCCCGGGGCUCCGCGGGGGGACCGUGGAGUACAGCGCCCAGCUGCAGGCGGCCCUGGCGCGCAUCCCCAAGAAGCCCCCGCCCGAGUACCCCGGGCCCAGGAAGAGCGUCAGCAACGGGGCGCUGAGGCAGGACCAGGCCGGCGUGCCCCCCGCCGUGGCCAGGGCCCGGGGGCUGCGGCACGGGCCGGCCAAGGCCGUGAGCGUCUCCCGCGCCGACCAGCUGGCCGUCAACGGGGCGGCCCUGGGCCCGUCCCUCUCGGAGCCCGACCUGACCAGCGUGAAGGAGCGGGUCAAGAAGGAGCCCGUGAAGGAGCGGCCGGUGUCCGAGAUGUUCUCCCUGGAGGACAGCAUCAUAGAGAGGGAGAUGAUGAUCCGGAAUCUAGAGAAGCAGAAGAUGGCAGGCCUGGAGGCGCAGAAGCGGCCUCUGAUGUUGGCGGCGGUGAACGGCCUCUCGGUGGCACGGGUCCCAGGGCGGGAAGACAGCCGAGUCGAUGGCACCCGGAUCCUCAUGGACGAGAGGUUCAGGACCCUGAAGAAGAAGCUGGAGGAGGGAAUGGUGUUCACAGAAUACGAGCAAAUCCCAAAGAAGAAGGCGAACGGCGUUUUCAGCACGGCGGCCCUGCCGGAAAACGCCGAGCGCAGCCGGAUCCGCGAGGUGGUGCCCUACGAGGAGAACCGCGUGGAGCUGAUCCCGACCAAAGAGAAUAACACGGGUUACAUCAACGCCUCCCACAUCAAGGUGGUGGUUGGCGGGGCCGAAUGGCACUACAUCGCCACGCAGGGGCCCCUGCCGCACACGUGCCACGACUUCUGGCAGAUGGUGUGGGAGCAGGGAGCCAACGUGAUCGCCAUGGUCACCGCGGAGGAGGAGGGCGGACGCACCAAGAGCCACCGCUACUGGCCCAAGCUGGGCUCCAAGCACAGCUCAGCCACCUAUGGCAAGUUCAAGGUCACCACGAAGUUCCGAACCGAUUCCGGUUGCUAUGCAACCACCGGCUUGAAGGUCAAGCACCUUUUGUCUGGGCAGGAGAGGACGGUGUGGCAUUUGCAGUACACAGACUGGCCAGACCAUGGCUGCCCCGAGGAUGUCCAAGGAUUUCUGUCCUACCUGGAGGAGAUCCAGUCGGUGCGCCGGCACACCAACAGCAUGCUGGAGGGCACCCAGAGCCGGCACCCGCCCAUUGUGGUCCACUGCACCGCGGGCGUGGGCCGCACCGGCGUGGUCAUCCUCUCCGAGCUCAUGAUCUACUGCCUGGAGCACAAUGAGAAAGUGGAAGUGCCCAUGAUGCUGAGGCUCCUCCGGGAGCAGAGGAUGUUCAUGAUCCAGACCAUCGCUCAGUACAAGUUUGUCUACCAGGUCCUCAUCCAAUUCCUCCAAAACUCCAGACUCAUUUAACCCCCGGACCCAGCCCCCGGAAGAGGGACCCAGCUCCAUUGUGCAGAUGGGGAGGCGCCUCCAGACAGAGCCCGCGCCCCCAGCAGGGCACGGAUGGCUGGAGCUGACAGGACACGGGCUCCCUCACCCCGGGAGCCAAGAUGCUUCAUAAACAUCAUGUAUUAUUUUGUAUGAGAUAAUUUAUUUUUUUCCCCCCUUUGGAAUAACUUGUGUGAAUCAUUGUAAUGGCAGUUUUGAUGGUAAUGUAGUGCUUUUCAUUGGAACCACAUUUUGACUGAUCUGCAUUGUAACGUGUUGGUAGGGAAAGGUCGCCUGGUGGAUCAUUUGGGGGACGGAGGCAGAAGGGGAGCACAUCUCUGGUGAAGUUGCAGCCAGAUGGGUAACCAACCCUGAAAUCCAUCAGCUUAAUUGCUCAUGUCCAAAUCAAAGAUGGCAAGAAAAUGAAUUUAUCCUAAAAUGUAAAGAUGAGGGUGCCAAGACCUUUUUUCUCUGAAGGAAAAAAAAAAAAAAAAUCUGCUCUUCUCUUAUAUUUUGGGCUCGGGAGCCUUGAUUCUUCCCUUCUUCCUUCGGUCCUCACCCUCAGUAGUCUUCCCCCAGUCCCUCUUCCAACCUUGAGUGAUAGCCGGAGCAGCUAGUGGAAAGGCUGCAUUGACUGUGCAGUCAUCCUUGCCCACGCUGAAUGGGGAGCUUUGUUUGCAUCUUUCCCGACCACCCAUUAACCUGGGCUCUGGAGGCUGUGUUUCCUUGCCGGGGGCUGCACCCUCAGUAUUUGCAGCUUCUUCUCAUUUGCUUGGUGGGUGCCAGGCUGGUGGCCUUGGAGGCCCUGGGCCAGGCCAUCUGUGCAGCGCGCCAUGUUGCCUGAUUGAGAGAAGCGAAUGGACCAGAGUGAGAAGAGAGACAGGAAGGCCCUCGAUACUGCAUUUGUUUAGGAUGGGUGUGCUGGACGGGGGUCUAAAGGUCAAGGGGCUGGGGCGUUCUGUGUGUCCAUGAGCCACCAAGUCAUUGGGAAGGUUGCAAAGGAGACAGUGGAGAACGCUGACUUGGGGGGGGGGGGGGGCUGACUCUCAGCAGGGGUCCUGGCCAGGAGCCACACCAAGUGUGACCCCACUGUGCUCAUGCCAUCUCCAGACUGUGGUCUGUGGGAGUGGAACUCAGCCCGCUCAGGGCUCUGUCAUCGUAGGCCUGGCCCUGUGAUGAACGUGGUGGAGUUGGUCUCGCACAGAGCCCAGUGGUGGUCCCUCCUUUCCCCAUACAGUCUACUCUGGUCAUUGUCCACACUGCCUUCAGGGAAGCUCCGUCCCCCCUUUGUCUCUUCCUGGGCCUUCACUGGCCCCUGUGCUUCGGAAUUUCUUAGGUCAGUACACAGAUAUUCCACGCACUUUCCAUCUUGCCGAGUUUGGGGGGCAUUUUUUUCUCUCGUUUUUCUUGAAUGUAACUUUUAAAUUGUUUUGUUCUCCGAAUCGACCACUGUGGUGUUCUACCGUGCCUUCUUCCUCUGCUGCUUUUAUUUUCUUCUUUGUCUCUUCCUGGGCUGGAAAUACAAGGAAAGAAGGCCCUCAGAGCAACUAGAAAGAAGAGUUUGCCUCUUUAACUUAUCGUCACCACACACCAACGGACGGAUGGGUGUCCCCAUGAACUGCUUUGGCAUAAGAAUCAGCUCAGCUUCACAUCUGGCCAGAUGGUAUGGUUUUUCUCUUCUUUAGACUCAGAGUCUCUGGUGAUGGAGGGCCUUUUGUCUUCUACCCCAUGGUCUAAAGGUGUCUAAUAACUUCAGCUGAGCUCUGCAGGUCCCGGAAUUUUGGUCUAGAUUCUGAAAAAGAAAGCCAUUAGCAUGCCAUGUAUUUCCAGCGGAACAGAGCUCACAGCCCUCACUCAGGCGCUCAGGACUUGGAUCAUCAACAGGCAGGGAGGCAUUGGUUUCCUUUCCUUAGAUUCAGUCCAUCCUUGGAUUAUUCUGCUGUGAGGGAUGUC